CUUAUUACGUCUACUAUGAUAGCAUGUAGUCUACUAUUAAGCAUUUUAUCCUACUCUGCUAUAUACUUUGUUAAUCGUCGCUACGUCUUGGAAACCGCACCACCACUUCCUAAAGACCAACUUGGACCCAAUCGAUCGAAAUAUUAUUGGGCAUGGUCAGCAUUAGUGGUAGUUAUCAAUGCUUGGUUAUGUCUUGUGAUACUAGUAGCAUAUGUUCUACUUGGUGCAUUCAUCUUCGGUGAUUUGCAUGCAUGGAUUUUCUAUGUUGUCGCUCUAGUAGUAUACAUUAUCUACACAUUAUUGAUAAUCUUGAUCCGUAAUAAAGCAUCAUCUUGUUGUAGAUGGUCUCUUGGUGUAUUGGGGUAUUUAGUAGCACUACAAUGUUGGUAUACUAUACAAAUCCCUACGAUGUGGAGUUAUACUAAACUUGUAUGGUUGGUUGGUAUAGCAGCAUCAGUACCAUUAAUGAUUAAGGUUGCCCAUACCUUUGGAAGACGAUCUAUUCGUAGUUUGUUCAGGAAUUAUAAGUUCUAUGUAGCGGAGAUAUUAACUCUUGGUAUUGGAAUAUUGCUAACCUAUCUAUCAGCUGGUUCCUGUGUUGCUGUGUAUAAUCCACAAGCACCUGGUUGGUGGAUACCUCUUGAAGGGACAUUAUUCUGGUCAUCGAGACUAUUCCGUUCUUUUGGUCGUAGACCAUGUCCAAAUGGUCAACGAACUCCUUGUCAUGUCUAUCUUACCGCUGCUCAAAACUUGUCUAAUAGUAUGUUCGUCAACGUCCACACAUCAACAAGUAUCAAGUCCAUUUAUGUUAAGUAUAGCUCACAUAAAGAUGAUAAUACUAUUGGGGGAGUGAUUGGCGCUGAUAACUUUGAAGUACCACAUUUAGAUGAGCAUGAUCAAAGGCAUGUCUUUGCCGCCUACCUACCAGAUCUCUUGCCUGAUGCUGUGGUAAGCUUCAAUCUGAUGGCUGAUGGUGACCUGUGGCCUCAGAACUAUACCUUUAGAACAUCUCCCUUAAAUGGGGAAGUUAAGUUUGUUAUUGGUGGUGAUACUGGUACAUCAGAUGUUGUUGAAGACAUCAAUAGUCAUAUAGGCCCUCAAUCACCAUUAUUUGCAGUAAAUGGUGGGGAUGUUGCCUAUGAUAAUGGUAUGUUCCCUUGUGCAUGUACUUGGGAUUUAUAUUUAUGGCAAUGGUCUAAGGUUAAGACCUCAGAUGGUCAUAUGAUACCACUUAUAUUUGCUAUUGGUAAUCAUGAUAUCGGUGCAAAUCAUGAUAAUCAUGGGGCUAUUAAUAGUUUCAUCGACCCUAAUCGUUGUGACAAUACCAAGAGGGAGAGUGCUAGACCUUUAUUCAUAGCAUAUUUCCCUUUUGAAGCAGUUGAUGGUAAAGCCCCGGAAAUAUGUGAUAGGAAAGUGAAUCAUGUUCACACCGCGGGUACUGCUGUUACUAUCUGGUCGUUGGAUUCUUUGUAUGCUGGUGGCCCUUUAAAUGCAGUCCAUUUCGUAGAGGAUAAUAUGCCCAAUAUGAAGGACCAGGUUAAUCACUUUGGUGUCUAUCAUGUACCGAUGUACAGUAGCUAUAAGGAGGAUGAUAACAGGAAUGAACCCAUGAAGCGUUAUUGGCCUUCAAUGAUGUUUGAUAAGUAUUAUUUCAAAGUAUGUUAUGAGCAUCAUGCUCAUACUUUCAAAAGGACCAUGCCAAUGAUUAAUAACAGUAUAGCUACUAAUGGAGUUAUCUAUGUUGGAGACGGUAAAUGGGGUACUUCAGGUCCCAUAUUACCAACUGUGGACUCCUUAGUGACAAGUGAUCAUCUCGUCAAGUCAGGAAUAGACCAUCACGUAUGGUAUACUAUAGCUGAUAGUAAUGGUAAAAUUAGUCUUACGGCUGUUGACCAUAAUAAUAAUGUCAUCGAUCAUGUCGAAAGCCUUAACAGUACCUGGCGAUGAGUUUUCCGUCUCCAUUCUAUCAAUUUGGAUCACACUACGAUCCAGUC